AUGGCUGCUGCGAGUCGUGAAGCUAGCACUGAAACGACUGUCUCUGUUGAUCGUCACUAUCUCGCUCAUUCUUACCCGGAUUCACGUUUGUCCUCCAGCUGUACCAUGACCUCACAUUCAUCCAGUAACGUAUUUCUUCAUCUCAAUCAUCCUCAUAUAAGUGCUGCCCACGAACAACUCAUCACAUCAUCAUCAUCUGCAUCCUCCCUUUAUACAACAGCUAAACGUCUUCGCCAGCGUCUUCAGCGUCAACAUUCCGGUCGACGUUAUACUAGCGGCGAUGGUGAUAGCAGCGUAUGUUCAUUAUCAGUUCCGACAUCCGUCGAUAGAAAUGCAGUUGCAAUAACAAUUGCACCUCCUUGCCCGUCGUUCAAUACGGCUCGAUGUGUAGUUCGAGAAGAUCCGAAGUUCGAGAGGACGACGACCACCACCACCACUGUGCCCGUCACCAACUCAUCAUCAUCGACAUCAUCAGCGAAGACGAUAACCACAUCAGCAACUUUAUUGUCGGCGCAGAAUAUUGCAGACAUGAUACUUGAGGCAAUUCAUAUGGAGGAUGUGCAUUUAGUUGAAAGAUUGCUAGCAUCAUGUUUUACAUUUACAAUCUCGGCAUCACCAAGUGCGAGUUCUUUAAAUGAAUUUACGCAACAACGACUCACUGCAACUACCCAUCAACAUUCGAAUGCCUCAUCGACACAUUCCGUUGGCAGAUCAACUUGCAUGACAGUGAAUAUUUUACACAUGGCGAUAGCUCAUAAGCAACGCGAUAUUGUUGAAUUACUAUUGAAGAAUGGUUUUAAUCCCAAUGCGUCAACUUUGUCUCAUUGUAAAAGUGAUAAUGAUUAUGCUAGUGCAUCAACUGGAAUACUAUCAAUAACAUCAGUUAUGCCGAGAGUACAUUCAAUAGCACCCGAACAAUGCAAUGCAUGUGUACAACUACGAAUGAUUUCAAUGGUGGAUAUAAAUGCACUUGGCAUUGCCAUUAAAACACAUUCAUCUGAAUUGAUCUCACUUCUGGUCGCUUAUGGUGCUGAUGUGAAUCUAGCAGAUGAGGAUGGUAAUACUCCAUUGAUGUUAGCCGUUCAAGAAUCACCCAUUGGUUGGCAUUCCAUCAAUACACUUAUCAUGUUUGGAGCACGGAUUGAACAGAAAAAUCAUCGUGGAAUAUGUGCAAUCGAUGUAGCACCCAAGCUGCGUCGACUUCAAGAGCGCUGUGUUGAGGAUCUAUUUAAGAUUGCUUGCGGUAAUGAUGAGCAUGCGACGACUAAUAGUGCUGAAAAGACGACACAUCAAUCAUUCAAAAAACUCGCGUCGACUACUGCUGGAAUGCCAUCAACUAGUACCACUAAUUCACCGAUACUGGUUGACAGCACUUGCGGCAGUCAGCAUCAGUUACUGUCGUCAGCAUCCUUAAGAGAGACUUCACGUCGUAAAUCACUUGUUUCAAUUCAACUACAUCGUCGUUGCAAAUCGUCUCGUCGUUGCAGUAACUUUCAAUCACGCAAUAUUUGCAACUGGAUUUCAGAUAUACCGAUUGAGACAGUGACAUGGGAUCAAGCGUGGGAAUUGCUUAAAAAGAUGGCCACCAACCCAGAAUGUCUUCAGGCAAUACAGAGCGCUCUGCUGAAUUUUGUCAACCAAGAGGAAUCUAUGAGUAAUGGUAUGGCUGAAGCGACCGUUGAUAAAGACGCAUUCGACUCACAUAUGAGCGGUCUUUUACAUCAUAUUCUACGAAAUCGUAAUCUGAAUGCUAAUAAUAACGGAGUAGGAAAGACAACGCGUUCGAUUUGUAGUCCAGCACAUCGUUUGAGACAAUGUUCACAUCACUGUACGCAGAUUCUGCUCGCAAGGCUACUCCUAUUUCUAUGCCAUCUAAAAACAUUCCGAGCACGCCUUGCACAGCGAACUCAACUCAAAUCGCUCGUCCAGCUGCUGGAGCCCACGCUCGAUCCUCAGUUGUUAUGUCUUUUAUUGCAAUCGAUUGCUUUGAUAGCCCUGGAUUCAAAAACGCAUCGUUUGUUUGUGGACAUGCAAAUUGAUGAUGUCUUAAUUCAAAUGCUUUUACCAGCUGAUGAUUGGUAUUAUACAAAUCAUAGUACGAAAUUUGGCCAAUUCGUCAAAUAUCAUGCGGCUAGAAUAUUGGUUUAUGUUGGUCUAGGUGAUCGUGUGGGCACUCGAGUGAGUCUUUUCAAUUUUGCAGAGAAUGGAAAUGAGAUGCUAAAGAGUGAGCAAGAACAACGAGCCGGAUUGUGCACUGGAACAGCGACAAUGAACGAAGAUGAUUAUAUUUGCGAAACAUGCGCAACACCAACAACAGCGCAAGCAUUCAGCCGUGUUGCUUUCUCUGCUGAAGGCAUUCUCCUGAAAGUUCUUUCUGAGUUGGUGAAAAAUGCGCAACAUUCGGGUACCACCGAGCCAAUAGCUGAAGAAUCUCCAAGCAGAACACCUUCACCGCCAGCGGCUGUUGAAGAACCAACAACAUCAACAAAGGCAGUAGCUGAGGAGAAAAUGAACCAAGAAGCGGCAGUGCGAUCAUCAAGACAACAACAACAGCAGGGAGAGCAACUUCCACAAACGCAACAAACGUCAACUGCGUCAAGCACUUCUUCAUCAGAGACAUUAGAAGGGCAACUGUGUAAAUUAGGUUUGGUGCUGGACUCGGUGUUGUUGCUGCGACUGCUAUUGCAUAAACUUUCAUGGGAUCUCAGUUUGGUGGUCAAAAAACGUACAGCAGUAGAAGCAACAGCAAACACGAAUAUGAAUGGCAGUAGUACCAAUCGAACCAAAACACUAGAAAAUAUGCACAAACAAGCAAACAACAACAACAAUGAUAAUGACAGUGAUAAUAGUAGUAUGCGCUCUUCAGCAACAAUCAACUGUCACAAUCUUACGAAGCUGUCCCAGCGUACUGCGUUCAUCAAAUCGAAAUCAUUUGAUCGUCGUCAUGACAACACAACGACCAGUCAAAAUCGUAAGGAAUGCAAUAACUUUUUACGCGUUGACCAAGGCUCACGUGCGUCAUCGAAACGUGUUCGCAUUCGACGUUCAAGUUCUGUCGAACUACCGUUAAGAACAAAGACUGGUGGGACUGGAGCUGGGAUUUUAGUCAGAGCUAAUGGCACAGACGACAUUGCUGGAUCUACUAGCGAAACUGAUGUUGCUGAUUGUAAUAACGCUCUUGCAAAAGAUUCACAUACCAAAGAGAGACGAAAAAGGUUCCAGCAUGCACUUUAA